AUGCCAGCUUCUCUUGUUGGUUGCUCUGCCUUGGAAGUUUUGAACGUGGGAAGCAACACAUUCAACGACAUGUUUCCCUUCCACUUGAAUUCUCUGCAGAAGCUUCAAGUUCUCGUCCUCCGCUCUAACAAGUUUCAUGGCAAAUUACAUAAUGCUGAUGGGGUUUGCUUUGGAUUUCCUCCGUUGCAAAUCAUUGAUGUAUCAUAUAAUCACUUCGUUGGUGCAUUGCCAUCUGAUUACUUUUUGAACUGGACUGCGAUGUCCUCCAAGAGAGAUAAUAAUACAGAACUAGAGUACAUUCAGAGUUCUUCACGAGGCAACUACUUUUCACUUGUGUUGAUGAGUAAAGGAGUGCCAAUGGAGAUGGAACGUAUCCUGACAAUCUUCACAGCCAUCGAUUUUUCAGAUAAUCAACUCCAUGGACCUAUUCCUGACUCUGUUGGUUUGCUUAAGGAGCUUCGUGUUCUCAAUAUGUCAAGCAAUGCUUUCACGGGCCACAUCCCAUCUACUAUGGCAAACUUGACGAAUCUGGAGUCACUAGACCUAUCCCAAAACAAGAUUUCUGGUGAGAUUCCUCCUGAGCUUGGAACCCUCUCUUCUCUCAUAGUGAUAAACGUUUCACAUAACCAGCUUGAAGGUUCCAUACCACAAGGCACACAGUUUCAACGGAAAAAUUGCUCCUCCUAUGAAGGAAACCCCGGACUUAAUGGUCCUUCCCUUAAGGAUGUUUGCAGAGAUAUCAAAACGUCAACACCACCACAACCCGAACUGGUGGCGACAAAAGAAGAAGAAGAAGAAGAAGAAGAAGAAGAAGAAUCAUUCAGUUUGAACGCAGCAGGUUUUGGCUUUGCACCUGGAGUUGUAUUUGGGCUGGCCAUGGGAUACAUAGCAGUUUCAUACAAGCAUGAGUGGUUCAUGAAGAGAUUUGGCCGAAACAAGCAACAAAGCAUCAGAACUCGUUAA